AACGGUAGAGAUGGGGUUGCUCGCCAAAACGAGAGCAUUCUUGGAGAUUCCGAACCCCGCGAUCGUCAACCUUUUGGUGAUAAGCAGCUCAGCUACGUUCACAUCAGGAGUUGCCUUGGCCUUUGAGUGGUUAUUUCACGGCAGGAGCCACACUGGAUUCGGGUGGAUCAUCUACUACGCGUUGUUCUUGAUCUCUCUUCCUCUUCUCCUCUUGAUUGGUCUCCGUAUCCUCAUGGCCAUCUCUUGCUCCAGCCACGGCUCAUCAAGUCAGAUUGUAGACUCAGUCGCAGCAGCAGCAGCACCAGCCAAAGAAGCGUGUGCUGAGGAGGCGCAGCAAACUGAGAGAAACAGCUGCCGAAGUUUAGCCGUUGUGGUUGACACUGAUGAAAGGAAGAAGAACGUAGAAGAGAAUACGCCGAGGAUAAAACGCGCCGUUACGUUCCCGUCUCAUGGCAAAGUAAGAUCAUGUCGUACUCGUUAAGCCCAAAACAUGAAAAAAAAUGUUUAGCAUGUUAGUUAUCAGAUUGAUCCAGGAAUCUAAUUAAUAAUAAUAAUAAACCUGUCUGUGAAGUGCUCUUUGACAUUUGUUUUUUUGGAACUAUGUUCUUUGACAUCCUUACUAGUCUUUUUACAAUGAUCCUCCUAAAAAUCGAGUUUGGUAGAAUUUUUCAGUUUUUCUCCUCUGUUCUGUUUUUGCAUUACGAGAAACUAAAAAUCGUAAAGUUCAUGAAUCUCACGUGUCGUGACGAGUCCAAUCAACGACGUUGCAUAUGUGUUGGUUUCCAUGU